GAUUUAAUGUAUAAUAAAUCUAACUUAUAAGAUUGAAUUGUUUAAAGUUGUAUGGAUAAAUAUUUAAUAGUAAAAAUAAAUGCAGCUUAAAUACAUUUUAUAAUAAUAAUAAACGCUGCUAUGCAUGCAUUGUCGGUCAGCCGAGGCAAGUGCCCCAGUUUUAAAAUGUAAACAUUUUAUUGGCUGUUACAAUUGCUAUCUUGAUGAUUACUGGGUCCACAGAAGGAAGAAUUGCCCAUUGUGCCGAACGGCAUAUAAAAAUUAUAUAAUAACUAUAAUAUAAAAUGAUAAAUAUUUAAUGCCUUUUAAUGAUAAGUAUUUAAGCUGCAUUUAUUAUUAUUAUAAAAUGUAUUUAAGCUGCGUUUUCCUUAAUAUUUUUCCAUAAUAAUAACUAUAAUUUUUAUUAUUAUUAUUGUUGUUUUAUCAUAAUUAUUAAUACUUAUAUUUUAUAAUAUUAACUUAGUCACUAUUAUGAGCACAUGGUGAAAUUCUUCAAUUUGUAGGUUAUAUUUUAUUCAGAUAUUUUAUUAUAGACAUUAUAUUUUUUAGAGAUAUUCAAAAACAGUCGAUUAUUUAUAGACAUAUUAUUUUUAGAGAUGUUUAUUUUCACAUAAUUUUUUUAUAUACGUGUUUGGUUAUGCAAAUGUUGAAUUAUUGGCCAGUAUUGUAGAUAUACAUAAAAAUGUAGUGCGUGUGUACAUGUGGGAACAAAGGCUGUGAAUUUCGCAUGGACGUGAUGAUUUUUUUAACUUCUUGCAAUUCUUGACAUGUAGUCUGUUGUUAGCUAACCGGCGAAUAAGAUACUGUUACAUCAAACUAUUAAAUUUAAUCUAAUUCACCGUCAAGAGAUGUUACAAUGUCAAAGAUGAAUAUUAAAGAUAAAGAUCAGAGAACACUUAAUGACAAAUUGAAACAGUGGUUCCGUAUUAACAAAGGCAACUAUAAAAGUAAUGAAGAGCACAUAUUGACCCAAGAAAUAGAACGUGAAAUAAGUUCAGAGAACCCAAUUAAUCAACGAGCUCGUAUCCUAAAAGAUUUAACAGACGACGUCUUAAAUAACCACUGGGAAGAUAGGGCGGCUGAAAAAUUUUGGAACCUAGUUAAAGAUCUACUAAACAAAGAUGUACCGAAGGAACACCGUCAUACUGUCCUCACUUUUCUGAGUUGUCUAGUCCAAGGCCAGUAUAGCAGACUGUCAUCACUGAUGCGCGUUAAAUUUUUUAAGGUGGUACAAGACCACGAAAUACCUGAGGACAUUGGCCCCAGAUUGGAGCUGCUCCAACGUUUGACAGACAAUGGCAAAGACAUUGUGCACUUGGAAGAAAAAGUCGGGGGAUUUUUGCUUAAAUGGAUGCCGACAGUCACUUACGGGGAUGAGAAACGAGGUGCUGAAUUUCUGUCACUUCUUGUUAAUGUUAUCAAGUACAACUCGGCGUACAUUGACGAGGAUAUUGUGUCUGGUCUUGUACAAUUUAUCUGUCAUUUGUGUUACUACAGUAAUAAUAAAGAAGUUGUGUCCGGUUGUCUUGAUACACUUGACACAAUUGUUGGCUACAAUAUUAAUUUACAGUCGGAUUCAUUGCAGACAUUUAUCACAGCACUGUGUCGCAGUGUCAAUGUUGACAUUUACUGCGAAAUAAGCUGGAAGAUAAUGAAAAAACUACUAGGUACUGAUAUGGGACACACGGCCCUUUACACGAUGUGUCGAUUGCUGCAGGACCCAAACUUCCAGCGAGAUGUGCGCCUGCUACGUGGAGCCGUGUUCUAUGUCAACAUGGGCCUCUGGGGAACGCACAGGAUCCAGAAGUUAAAAUGUACACCGAUAUCAGUACUGCCUUCAUUCAUCCAAGCACUGAAAUGCAACCACCCGAUUGUCAUGUACGAGGUAACGCUGGCUGUGCAACGACUGGUAAAUAAAUACGGACCGACUUUACUUGAACCAACGUGGAGUGUUGUCCUGGACAUAAUCCAGCACGUGAUUGCUCACAUUGAAACGAGCAAUCAACCGGCAACUCAACAAGUAUCGGAGAGUCUUCACGACACAUUAAAUGGCAUAGAAAAUUUAAUGGAUGCCAAUCAGUACAAUGGAGAUGUCCAGAGAUUCUAUGACCUGAUCGAAAGAUGUUCUGACGCCAGACCCGAGGCCUCGGUUUUUAAACUCAUUGACUAUCGUGCUUCUAUCAUAGGUCUUACGCACUACCACUGGCAGUCAAAGCUGGCAAAUCUUGUGGAACGUUACUUUAAAAUCGAAACUCGGACAAGCAUACGGACAAAGGUGCUAGACAUUGUCACGAGAAUAAUUCACAUGAAUCGUUAUCAUGAAGACGAAUUAAUUGAGCGAAUAAUAGUACCUUAUCUACAGCACGUUGAUGUAGAUCCUGACAUUAUGAUACGUAAUGUAUCUGCUCAUUUGUUGGUUGAUUUGUGUUUGAACUGUGAGAUUAAACGAUGCCUUGAGUUGCUGGACAUCUUGGAGAAAAUAAUAAACAAGCCAUUUACUGUAGACACUCCAGUAGUAAGUGAUAAUGAUAUUAAAGAUGUUAAAACUGCUGUGAGUGGUGUUAUUGAUAUUUUUACAACGAAAAUAUAUCGUCUGCCUUCUAGUCAUGCUAUUCGUGCUUACAAAAUACUUGUUAAUCAUCUUGAGCAGCAUUACAAAGAGCCCCAAAUAUUUAAUGAUUUUUCAACAAUACGUUAUUUGAUAUUUGAGUGUUUUUUAAAAAUUCGCGCUAAUUCAUUAUUCCACGUUGGGUACACAAAUCCAGAGACUGGGACAGUAACGAGAUUUAGUCCGUAUUUAAUUUUGGAGCAUGCAUCUGCACCAGAUCGUUUAGGACCAAGUGGUGGAGGUGGUAACAGCCCACCAGUAAGUCCAGCACCUCUACAACACAUAUCGUGUCAAAUAAGUCAUAUAUCUUUAGCAAUGGCCUGCAAAGCUGCUAUAAUGUGUCUGAAGCAAGAAAGAGACUGGCGAGUACUUCAAUUAGUUCUCAAAGAAACUCCAAAUUUACUGCAAAAUCGUGCGCUGAUUCUUGCACGUCAGAGUAAUGACAUCGACUACGUUGCUGCUGCUUUGUGUUCGAUGAUCACUGAUAGAAAUCUUAAAUUACCUGAAUCACUUACCAAUGCACCAUCUAAAUUUACCAUCUCAGAUUUUCGCAUGUUUGUGUUUCCGGUGCUGACGUCUUUGGCGUCUUACCAUACACACCUUGAGCCAAAUUUGCAGCAGCGAUUGAUAAAGUGUUUGGAAAUUGGAUUGACAACCAGAUGCGCGAGUCAGUGCGUCACCAGUUUGACUACAUGUACGUUGGAGAUGCGUGACGCUAUGAAUAAAUUGCUACCAGCUGUCUUGUCAGACUUGUCAAAAAUUUCAGCAGUGCAACAUAUUGCCAUACCUAUUCUAGAAUUUUUAUCAAUGCUUGCAAGAUUACCUACUGUCUAUUCGAGCUUCAUUGACAACCAGUACCGACUAAUCUUCGCUCUUCUGCUGCCUUAUACGAAUCCAUUCAAGUACAAUCACUACACAGUCUCGUUAGCACAUCAUGUCAUUGCUGUCUGGUUCUUAAAAUGUCGAUUGUCAUUGAGGCGCGAGUUUGUUAAAUGUAUAACUUCUGGUUUAAAUGACAAUGUGGUGAUGCCUUUAGAGGAGGGACAGGUAAAGACAUCGAACUUCAGUACACUGCAAGAAGAUUCAUCUCACAGGAAACGCAGUUCGAGUCUGACUGAACAAGGCAGCAGAGGCAGGCGAGAAAGACCUGUACUGGGUAACCAAAUAAUUGGUGAUUUGAAACCACAGAUGGAUGAAAAGUUGAUGACUUUUCAUAUGGAACUGGCUGAGACUUGUAUUGAUUUGUUAGCCAGGUACACAUUCUCUACUUACACAGCUCGGCCUAAGAGAUGCGCUGGUGCGGAAUUUUUACUGAAAGAUGGACAGUCGAUGACCUGGUUCCUGAACAAUCGAUUGAUUACUGUCACUACCAGUGGAUGCAGCAUGAAAUCAAUGAGAGCUGGACUGUGUGAUAGCUGCUGGAUUGCUUGUAAAGCUGCGCCGACAAGUCCAGAGCAUAGAGCUGGAGCUGGUCUACCACGACGAGCAUCGAGUAUUGAUGGGAAUAAAGACGAGAAUAGAUUAUCAAGACAGUCUUCAGGACAUGCUGGUUCAAGUACAAAUACUGCGGCCAAUUCGCCGACAGAAGAAAGCAAAAGGACACUUGAUGAUGAUUUUGCUAAGGCGGAUAAUAAAAGUGAUAAGGAAGCUGAGGCAAGUAAAUUAGAGCAAAUUCUUGGCAGUGAUAAACAGGACGAGUAUACGCCGUGCGCUUGUUGGUGUCAAGGUUGGGCGGAAAUUCUCGUUCGUCGGCCUACUGGUGAUAUGUCUUGGAUUAUGAGAGUACAAAAUUCAGUCCAAUGUGAUGCUAUGAAUGAUUUUCCACUGCAAGACCUAACGGCGCUGCUGAUGCCUAAUUCUGAGCCAACGACAAAAACUUCUAGUAGUCAAGACACCACGACAACGGAAUCUUUUGAAGAUGAGACUGAUGAAAAAUCUGAGAGUAAAUCUAGUGGAGGACAGAGUACUGAUCAGCAUCAAAGUAAUUUAAAUAAAUCUACUGGACCUAUUGCGAUACCUGGAUCACCUGGACGGCCCAGUACGUCACGCCAGAGUUCUCGUGAUAGUAUUGAGAGUUUGGAAGACGGCGAUGAUGAUUCAAAGAGAUCACGUAAUCCUGUUCGUCGUUCAAAUUCAAGCCCUGAAAUGAGCGCCAGCUGGAAAAAUCCAUUUUUAAAUAAAGACAAAUUAGUGAUACCUCCAGCUGAUGCUCCCAACUCGGAGUUUGAUGUCAAGCACGCAAAAACAGCGUAUUCAAAAGACAUGAGAGUUAGUUAUGAAGCAAUACCUGAAGAAAUAUCUGGUAUGGGUACAACUCCACCAGUAACUGAAGCUGGAGAUCAUCCUGGGGUUUUUCAAACUCAGUACUCGCAUCCAGGAACAACAACAACAACAACAACAACUGUUGGAAAUAAUGGAACUAGCAGCAGUAGCAGUAGUAGCAGUAAUAUUGUACCAGCAUCGCCUAUUGCUUCAACUCCUAGUUAUUUACCCGCCCAAAAUCGCGUUACUCAGCAUCACAUGUCAUCAUCAAAGCCUCCUCAGUCACCUACUCAACAAUACUCAAGAACGUCGACAAUAGAAUCUAGUCUCAGACAAAUAGCCUCGAGUAUAGAAAGCAAACCACCACUAGGACGAAGUCAUCCAACUGAACGUCGUGAAGAAAGACCCGAUCCAUCAGCAUUGCCACCCAUAGCUUUUCGUGAUCGUGGCCAUACAAUAUCAGUAAUGUCUCCCGUUCGAGACAGCAUUCGUCGCGGUACUUCACCUCGUGUUAAAGAAAUUCCACGCCCUGGAAUAAAUCCCAGCUCUGUAUUCCUCCAACUGUAUCACACAGCCCACUUUGGCAGCACUAACGAGAAACCUUUGCUGAUACCUCCAACGACGGCUUUGCAACGAGCUGUAACGAAUCUCGACCGAAUUCAACCCUACGAAACUCACAAGAUCGGUGUCUUGUAUGUGGGACCAAAUCAAGCGUCCAAUGAAUCCGAAAUUCUGGCCAACCAGUACGGGUCAAUGAGAUACGCGGAAUUUCUCCAACGACUUGGUACUCUGGUUUGUCUGAAAAACGUCGACGAGAGUGUCUUUCUCGGUGGACUUGAUCGCAACGGCGAGCAUGGUAAUUUUGCCUACAUAUGGCAGGAUGAUGUUACCCAGGUAGCUUUUCAUGUCGCGACGCUCAUGCCCACUAAGCAGAGUGAUCCUAAGUGCACUUGGAAGAAACAACAUAUUGGAAACGAUUAUGUUACUAUUGUUUAUAAUGAAAGUGGCGAGUCUUAUGACAUUCAAACUGUCAAGGGACAGUUUAAUUAUGCUUGUGUCAUAAUUCAACCAUUAGAUUAUGGAGCUAAUCAAGUAACAAUACAAGCAAGAGAAGAAUUAGCUGAACAUAUUGGUCACAGUGAAUCUAAAAUAAUAUCUGAUCAAAAUCUUGGUAUUUUAUCAAGACAAUUAGCUCUUCAUGCUAAUCUUGCAUCAAUGGUAUCAUCAUCAUUAAAAGCAAAAGGCCAUAAUCCAUAUUCUUCCAAUUGGCUCGAACGACUAAGACACAUAAAACGACUGAGACGUCGUCUUCUAGAAUCAUCAAACAGUAGCUCUGAUGACAAAACCGACGAAACAAGAUCCAAUGAACGCGUUCAUAUGGAAGAUUUCACCGAGUACACGAUACCGAAGACGUAAAAUUAAUAUAUUAAUUUUAAUUAUUAAUAAAAUGAUAAUAAUAUAAUAAUAAUAAUAAUAAUAAUAAUAAUAAUAAUAAUAAUA